UAGUGCUAUAGGAUCUUAAAAUGAACCAAGUCCUAAAGCACCUAUAAGAAAACUUCAGCUUUGUCCCCCUAGAGAAAGUUAAUUGAUCUUAAAAUAGGUUCCGAAGUACAUGCUACAACUGAUGGUCUCCUGCAGAUUAGCUCAAUUCAUCGCUUGCUUUAUAAUCUCGAUGGUUUUUUAACAAAUCAUUUCAGCGCUUCCCUUAAACUAGUCCCACUUAUAUGCUCAAAACAACAAAUUCUUCAGGUGUGAAGCACUUUGAGGUGAGGAGCAAGUCAGGGAGCGCCAAGGUCUCACUCGGUGGAGCGAUCAUGCUCACCUUCUACCAAGGUUCAGCAUUGACCAACACCUCGUCAGCCAUCAGUCCAGCGUCCAGCAGUGGCCACAGGCAAGCCGGAGAGCACGGCACUGUCCGGUGGGUGCUGGGCUCCAUCUCGAUGCUCGCAAACGUUGUCAGGUUCUCGCUGUGGCUGCUGCUGAACAGGAAGUUCACCAGGAAAUACCCAGCUGUGUACUCGGCAACGACGUUCAUGUCACUGUUCAGCUUCAUCCAGGCAGGAGCCCUCGCCUUGUCCAUACAAAGGAGCAGCAUUUCAGUGUGGGCUGUCAAGGGGACAAUAGAGAUCGUCACGGCUGUGUAUUGUGGUGUAGUGGCAUCUGGUAUUGGGUCUUCGUCGCCAGCAUCGAUCUGUUCAUCCUCCACGAGCCACUGUACCUUGGAAGCGUGCUAGGGUCAGUCCUGGUGAUUCUUGGACUAUACCUUGUUCUAUGGGGCAAGAAAGAGGAAUCUGCCAGCGCCAUCGCUUCGGCGAAGCCGGUUCAGGCAGAGGUCGAACAGCAAGAGAAAGU